AUGUCUUCGACCACCACUACUCACGAGGUUGAGCCUCGCACAACCACAAUCACCUUGACCAACGGCAAGACCUUCACCUUCGAGUCGAACGUCUCCACGACCGACGAGCAGAUCCCCGUCAUCGAUGUCGCGCGCAUGUACAGCCCCAACCUGGAAGACCGACAGGCAUUGGCCGAUGAGAUUCGGGAGGCCGCGCACAACAUCGGCUUUCUGUGCAUCGUGAACCAUGGAGUUGACAUGAACCUGGCAGACCAGGUGCUGGAUCAAGCAAAGGCGUUCUUCGCUCUUCCCGCCGAGAAGAAGAUGCAAGUGUGUACAGAGUUGAUGCCGGACGAGUAUUGCGGCUAUCACCCCAUGCAACACUAUAACCCCAAUGGCUGGAAACAGAGAGAUCUGUAUGAAGCCUACAACUGGAACUACAAUGCAGCCAGAGAUCCCGAAUUCCCCGACCCCUCUAUCCCCGAGAUCAAUCUUUGGCCAACAGAGAUGCCGGACUUCCAGGAGCGGCUCUGUGCAUACCAAACAGAAAUGAUCCGCUUCGCCCGCAGGCUCACGCGCAUGUUUGCGUUGGCCCUCCAUAUCCCCGAAGACGCGUUUGAUGACGCGGUGCGCCGGCCCGAAGCGGGAGCAAGGAUCUUGCACUACCCGCGACAAGAGGCCUCCCGGGACGAGCAGAACGGGAUCGGAGCACACACCGACGUCGAAUACUUCACCAUCAUCACCGCAGAUACCGAAGGCCUGGAGGUGCUCAGCAAGUCUGGCCGCUGGAUCAAGGUCAAGCCGACCCCGGGCUCUUUCGUCGUCAACAUCGCAGACUGUUUCAUGCGGCAAACCAACGAUUUCUUCGUAAGCACCGUGCAUCGAGUCAUCAACGAAAGCGGACGCGAGAGGUAUUCCGUCCCCUUCUUUUGGGGCUUCGACAGACAGAGCGUCAUCAAUCCUAUCCCAACCUGUGUCGGCGACGGAAAUCCAAACAAGUACCCUGUCAUGACCGCCGGCGAAUAUUACUUGUGGAGGACGAGAACGCAAAAGAAAUCCUGGAAAAUCGGAGAGGGCAAGGCAAAUGCUUAG